CAAUCACAAUUUAAAAUACAAUUUAGAAUAGGAAAAGUUUAUGAUAUCAAAGAAUAACUCAUUUAUUCUGCUCCACUAUGCAUUAUUCAUUUGAAUUCUUUAAAUAGUAAUGUUGUUACUUAAAUUUCGUUUCUUUCUUGACGUAGUGCAUAGAAAACAUUGUGUAGCUGUUCGAAAAGUAAUACUUUCGUUAAGUAUCUAACCCUCUUUUACUGUGAGGUAAAGGAAUAUCGCACUAAAAGUUGUAUUAUUCCGAUUCGCUUCCCUCCUUACAUCAUAAUAUUGUUAACAAUACCGGACAAUAAUGGAAACAUUUCAAUUAGGAAGUUCAUCCGACGAUGAUGAUGAUAUGUACUUAAAUUCUGUUGCAAAGUUAAAUGAAACAGAUGAUAUAAUUAAAAAUUGACGUAUAGCCUUAAAGAAAAAGCCGCCAACAUCACAACACAAUGAUCAAAAGGAGGAGGAGGAGGAGAAGAAGAUGCAAAAAAAUAACAAAGAAAUUCUAGAAGACUCCGACAAAAUUAGAACGACAAGAAAAGCAGAAAAACAGAAAACAAAUCAGAAUACAAGAGGUAAAAGAAACACUACUAGGCAUCGAUCGGCAAGACAAAGACAAAAAAGAAAUGCAGGGCAGAUUGACAAUGAGGCAGAUUCAGAUCUAGAAAUCGUUUCUAUAGAUGGAAAACCAAAAUCACCUGAAAAUGAUUUAUUCGUUCUCGAAAGCAGUACACAAGAGAAUUCACAUUCUAGUGAGACCGAGAAUUAUGAAAUAAACAUUAAAAUCCUUUGGCGAUCAAAGGACAUACAUCGUUUGAAUAUUUGUAAAAAUGAAAACUUUCGACAAAUUUUUGAAUAUUUUGCUAAUUUAGAACAAGUAUCUAUAGAUGAAAUUUUAAUAACAAAAAAAGAUGUAACUAUUAAACAAACUGAUACACCAGCUUCCAUAAAUUUGUCUGUGAUAGACAUACUCGAGGGAGGCAUCGUUAAGAGGGACAGUACAGACACUAUGCCUCGAAAAGACACGAACAAUGAAAACGUUUGUACAAUAAAAAUACAAACAACAGGCAAGAAAAAUCUAACUGUUUCUGUUAAACGAGAUGACGAUUUCAAAAUUUUAUUAGAGAAAUGUGCUCAAAAAUUUGAUGUCGAGGAAUCAAAAGUAAAACUAUAUUUUGAUGGUGAAUUAAUUGCGGCUACAGAUACACCCGAUUCAUUAGAUAUAGAAGACGAAGCUUGUUUUGAUCUUCGAUUAUCUUCCUAGUUUAUAAGAGACUUAUUUAUAAAAAACAUAUCUGAUAAAUUUAUUUAAAAUGAAAUUAUCUAUUUGUAACUACAAAUUAGCAUAUAAUUAACUAAUUAUAUGUCUCGUACAAAAGAAAUUAAGUACUUCGUUCCAAAUUGAUCAAUUUGUAAACUUUUUAUGGGACAUACAUAAAGUAUCAAUUAAUAA